GGCGGAGUGGGGAGGUUACCGCGCCCAAGCUCUUGCUCCCCGAUGGCUGCGCGGAGCUGAGCGGGCACCAAGUAAACUAGGAGGAGCCGAGACCCAGCGACCCCCCCCCCCCGCCCUCUCCUUCCGACUCCCGCCCCCCUCCCCUCCCGCCCGAGCUGCGGUCUCCCCGGGACCAGCCAGACACAGCGCGGACGGCUCCCCUCCUCCUCCGCCCCCGUUCCCCUCCCCAGCCCGCGGGGGCGCAGCCAAAGCAGGCAGGGGCCGCGGGCGGCGGACAUACCGGCCCCGUUAAUGAGCAGCGGCCGGAAGGGCAGAAUUUACAUGUUUGACAGCAGAAGUUGGCUUUCUACUAUAGUGAGAGAAAAUAUUUCUAGUCCUCUCAGAGGUGGCAGUGAAGUACAACUUUAGCACGGGAAAAUGAGUGAGCUUGACCAGUUACGCCAGGAGGCUGAGCAACUGAAAAACCAAAUCAGGGAUGCUAGGAAAGCAUGUGCGGAUGCGACCCUGGCUCAGAUCACAGCCAACAUUGAUCCAGUGGGGAGAAUUCAAAUGCGCACUAGAAGAACACUCCGGGGACACUUGGCUAAAAUUUACGCAAUGCACUGGGGGACUGAUUCCAGGCUUUUAGUUAGCGCCUCCCAGGAUGGCAAACUUAUAAUUUGGGACAGCUAUACUACAAACAAGGUGCAUGCUAUUCCUCUGCGUUCGUCUUGGGUCAUGACUUGUGCUUAUGCUCCUUCUGGAAACUAUGUGGCUUGUGGUGGUCUUGAUAACAUCUGUUCCAUUUAUAACCUGAAAACUCGUGAAGGGAAUGUACGUGUCAGCCGUGAACUGGCUGGUCACACAGGAUACUUGUCAUGCUGCCGUUUCUUGGAUGAUAAUCAAAUUGUUACUAGCUCUGGCGACACCACCUGUGCUCUCUGGGACAUAGAAACCGGUCAGCAGACAACUACAUUUACUGGGCACACUGGGGAUGUCAUGAGCUUGUCUCUUGCUCCUGAUGCCCGAUGUUUUGUUUCUGGUGCCUGUGAUGCCUCUGCCAAACUGUGGGAUGUUAGAGAAGGAAUGUGUCGGCAAACCUUCACCGGUCAUGAGUCGGACAUCAAUGCCAUCUGUUUCUUCCCAAAUGGCAAUGCAUUUGCCACAGGCUCGGAUGAUGCCACAUGCAGGCUUUUUGAUCUUCGGGCUGAUCAGGAACUUAUGGUUUAUUCACAUGAUAAUAUCAUCUGUGGCAUCACCUCUGUAGCAUUUUCCAAGAGUGGACGUCUCCUCCUAGCUGGUUAUGAUGACUUUAACUGCAAUGUCUGGGAUACGCUGAAAGCUGAUAGAGCAGGUGUCCUUGCUGGUCAUGAUAACCGUGUCAGUUGCUUAGGUGUGACUGAUGAUGGAAUGGCAGUGGCAACAGGAUCAUGGGACAGCUUCCUCAAAAUCUGGAACUGAAAAGAGCGGCGAACUCCGUGACUGGAAGAACUUUCCAGCAGUUGAAAACUAAAAAUGAUAGCAUAUCCAGUCUGACCAUACUAACUUGGACCCCCAUCCUCCCCAGCUCCAAAGGGCAAGAUCUCUUCCUUCUCCUGUUGCUGAAAUGAAGAGCACAAUUACCUUUCCAAGAAGAAUUUCUGUGGUUGUAAGCAAAAUGAAAUCGUGUAUUCCUUUUGGGACCAUUUUUUUUGUCUUGGGAAUUUAA